AUGUCAGAGUCUUUUCUCACAUACAAAGGCAACUGCCACUGUGGCAUCAACCGCUACGAGGUCCAGUUGCCCCAACUGCCUUCACUGGUGAUCUGCAAUUGCACACUCUGCGCGAAGAAGGGCUAUAUAUGGAUCUACGACGCCGACAUCAGUCUGAAAACGACGAGAGGGUGCAAUGCCGACACUUUGACAACUUAUAAGUCCUCUUGCGCAGAAGGACUGGAGCACGAGUUUUGCUCGACUUGUGGGACAGGACUGUUUGGAAGGCAUACAUUGGGGUCACAGGCAGGAAAAAGAGGCAUCAACUUUCGUGUUCUUGUGUCUGAUGUGAAAGGAAUAUUCAUCGUUGGACGGGAGGUGAUUACUUUGGAUUCUUCGGGCGGCAAGAAGCCUUACCCAGGGGCUUUAAGUGUACCUGGAGACAAUCUCAAGUGUUAUGAGGGAAGUUGCGAAUGCGGUGCCGUGCAGAUUGCCGUCACAACCAAACCACUUUUUGAUGUCGAAAUCAAGGAAGAUAACUGCAGCAUAUGCAUUCGAAACGGCUACAUAGGUGUUUACCCCCACCAGUCGGAAGUCAGACUGGCUGGCAAAGACCAGACUCAGGACUACAAAUUCGGCCGUCGGUUCGGCGGGUCGCCAUUUUGUCGCAUAUGUGGCGUUCACUGCUUUGGAAACCUAUACGGACCGCCUAAAGAGGUUAUUAACAGAUUACCCGAAACAAAGCAAGAAUUUGUGCGCAGGCAGCUUGAAAUCCAGCCACUCAACAUCCGCGUGCUCGACGGCGUUGAAUGGGACAGAAUCAAUAUCAAAUGGAGCAAUGAAGGCACUGCCGGUUAUGUAUUGUCAGAGUGA